AAUAAAUCUCGUUCAUUUAUCAGUUGCAAUAUGUUUGUCAUUCAUUUUAGUCGUUAACAAUAUGAAUUAUUUAUUUUGAUGGAGUUAACGUCGAUGGAGGAAGCUCACGAGGAGAUACGUCACCAUCCAGAAAAAUACAAUGGAAUAAAUUUGAAAGAAAAUAAAUAAAUAAUAAUUUCAUACGAACACGGUUCACUUAAUGACAUUCUAACAAAUUCCAACGAGCAAUUACUAUUGGGCAGUGAUGAAUAUUGAAAUGGGAUGUUCAUAAUUUUUUUUUAUCUCAAGGUUUGACUCAUUUUCAAAACACUCGAGAUCACGAAAUUCAGGGGUAUGACUAUCAGCACGCACUGCCAAUCACCACCAGCUGAUUUGUAUCGUCACUGAUAAUUAACAAGAUUAGGAUACCCGGGAAAUUUGUUAUAGAGAUUAUUUUUCGGGUGAUAAUAGAAAAUUAAGUGGAACAAAUGGACUCAGGUUGCCGAUGAUCGGCAGUGGCAGAUCCUCUCCUAGUGCUGUCUGGCAUCGAAAUCGCCGAGUCAUUCGCAUGGUUCAAUCAUUCCACAAUACAAUUUCAACAAUGAACCUACAAUCAUCCUAGCUACAUACCGAUGACAAUACGUUUGACAGAUUAAGGCUGGCAGGGAGAAGAGGUACAGGUACGCAGGUAAAGCCUGGAAGGACAUGCUCACUCAUUCGUAAUUUCUGCAAUCAGUAUCAGCGCCGACCUCGUUCAUCCAGAUUGUCCGUAGUCGGAAAGGCCGAGACAAAAUUGCCUCAGGUCGAUCCAGUGAAGAAUCGCUUCUCACCCAACCUCAGACAUGGUCGGAGUACACACGACAAACGACCCUAAACUGGAUGAAUCGCAGUUGGAGAACGAUGUACAAUUAAAAAGUAGCACUGAACAACUGGUGACAGAUACCACCGAUGCACCAUUGAAGCAUACCAUAAUUAUUCCAAAUCUCGGAAUGUCAGGCGAGAAGAAGAGCAAUCAGUGCUUUGCCCUGGCGUACAAUCAGAUCGACUGCAAUGGGCAGAACUUGAAAUCGGGAAAUGCUGUGGACGACACCAAGAUCGAUAAAGGCAAGGAUAAAGCUUCAGGUGGAGAUGGCUCGCUGUCGAGUGGAUGCUCUAUAGUGACGAUCUCAUCAGUUGCCACUUCAGAGCCCGAUCCAGCAUCUCCAAAUGGACAAAAUUCUCUGGGAAGAUGCCGAAGUGUUCUUGAUGAAAGAUGGCAACACACUGCACUUCAAGUAUCUGUACCGUUCUUCAUUGCUGGUGUUGGUACAAUUGGUGCUGGUCUCGUACUCGGCACCGUUGAAAAAUGGGAAGUAUUCAGCAAAGUCUCACAGCUAUUCAUUCUGGUCCCUUCCCUGCUGGGUCUCAAAGGAAACCUCGACAUGUGCCUAGCAUCACGUCUAUGCACUCAAGCUAAUUUAGGUAACAUGAGCUCUUUCCGUGAAAUAGCGAAAAUGGUGAUCGGCAAUCUGGCACUAGUGCAAAUACAGGCUAUUGUAGCAGCAAUAAUAGUCUCGAUAUUUGCAUCAGCUGCUCAUGCAGCGAUGAACGGUGUUUUUAUUUGGGAUCAUGCACUCCUAGUCACAGCCUCCAGUCUCUGCACAGCAACAAGUUCCUGUUUUCUUCUCGAUCUCGUGAUGAUUGCCGUGAUACUGGCGGCGCACAGAUGGAAAAUGAAUCCCGAUAAUUUGGCUACACCACUGGCAGCUUCUUUCGGAGAUGUUGUAUCUGUUAGUGUACUAUCCAUAAUCGCCUCAAAUUUAUUUAUUCGCCUGCAGGCAGAGGUGUGGGUAGUGUACGUGAUAAUCAGUGGAUACUUGCUGAUUCUGCCAAUCUGGAUUUUCAUUGUCCUGAGAAAUAAAUACACGAGGAACAUCUUAACGUCUGGAUGGGUACCCGUUCUGUCCGCUCUGUUUAUCAGUGGACUCGGGGGAUUAAUUCUGAGUCAAGCAGUUGAUGUGCUCUCGGGAUUCGUCAUCUUCCAACCAAUUAUCAAUGGCAUCGGUGGCAAUCUUGUUUCAGUUCAAGCUUCCAGAAUCUCUACAACCCUUCAUCAAACAUCAAUCAUGGGGAUAAUACCACCCUACACCAAAGUAUUCAUUAGUCCCUUUAAAGCUCUAGUGAAAGGAGUUCCCUUCGCUCAUACCGCAAGACUACUGAUUAUCAUGGGAAUCGUAGGAGAAGUUGUAUUCAUUUUCGCAGCAGAUUACAUUGAACAACACCAUUCAACACUGCACGUUUAUUUUGUCCUGUCUUACAUUAUCGUUGCAUUUUUGCAAAUAAUGCUGCUAUUGUAUGUCGCUCACAUUAUCAUUCAUGCAAUGUGGAGGUUUAAAAUUGAUCCUGAUAACUCGGCCAUUCCGUAUUUGACAGCACUGGGUGAUCUCACGGGUACGAUGUUCCUGGGAGGUGCUUUCUGGUUCCUCAAGGAGAUCGGAUAUCCCUACGCCUUCAAUGUCAAAACCUAGGCCGAUCCACUGGGAGUCAAUUGAGAAUUUAUUACGGAUCUAAAGAGCACAAUGGUCUGGUUAAUCAAUAUUCAAUGGAAUAUUCUUGCACUUGUCCAUCUGCGAAAUAUUUUUGGGAAAAAUGAGAGGGCAGGCGAAGUCUGGGGAGAUUUAUGAAACGAGUGCAGUGAAAGUAUUAAAAGAGGAAAGAGUUAUUUCGUUCUGUCGGCAUGAUGGUGGAGCAAGAUGAAUAGGAAAAUCAGGAUGAAUUUAUUGAGGGGAUACUGGGAAUGUCAAGCUAAUCAGAUUUUUCGAACAGGAUCUCAGAAAAUGGGAGGAGUUACAAAAUGUUUUCGCCAUUUUAUCGACCGUCUUUCUAAGAAUUAAAAUGACGGAAAAAUGAAGUAACUCUUCAAUUCAAUUAUAGUAUGAAAUUUUUUAAGAUCGAUAACAUGACGCCGUCUAACGAUUCAUCAAUUCCCUGUUGUUUCAGAUAAACAUCGUAUAGUUGUACAUUUAUAUACAAUACUCAAAGAGGGAGUAAUGCCUUACCGCUAUUUAUUUCACAAUUUUAAAUGUUAAAAUUUGAUGUACAUACAUUGAAACAUAGAAAAGAAUGAAAGACAUUUAUUCAAUGAAAAUACAGAUGCAGAUUUAACAAUUCAGGAUUGAUGGAGCAUUUUUAACUUUUUGAAUCAUUUGUACAUACUAUCGGAAUAUACUUGGAGUGCGAAAGGCCGUUCGAGGAAAAUUUUUUGUGUCCAAUACCUGCAAUUAACUCCAAUUAUCUGUAUUUUCUGAAUAAAAUAAAUCAAUUACAACAAUGCAA